UGGCCAAGUUGCCGACAACCUUCCACCACCAUCAUCCACCGCAAAGCUUCUUCAAUCCACUUCAAUCCAAAAGGUCUGAUUAAAUGGAUCGGACCCCGCCAUAAUCAAAGCCUUAGCCAACACCGGAAUUGGAAUUGUUAUCGGCACUGCAAAUGGUGACAUUCCAGGACUAGCCUCUGAUCCCAAUUUUGCCAAGAGCUGGAUCAACACAAACGUGCUUCCCUUCUAUCCAGCUAGCAAUAUCAUCCUCAUCACUGUUGGCAACGGGGUCAUGACUUCCAAUGACCAGAAUCUCAUGAACAAGCUCUUACCAGCAAUGCAAAAUGUACAGAAUGCUCUAAAUGAUGCAUCGCUCGGGGGUAAAAUUAAGGUCUCCACAGUUCAUACGAUGGGAGUGCUUAAGCAGUCUGAGCCACCUUCUUCUGGAAGCUUUGAUCCAAGUUAUGGGGAUCUGAUGAAGGCCUUGUUGGAGUUUAGUCGUGCGAAUGGUUCGCCUUUCGCAAUCAAUCCCUACCCUUACUUUGCCUACAGAUGCGAUACAAGGCCUGAGACUCUCGCUUUUUGCCUUUUCCAGCCGAAUGCAGGACGAAUGUAUGGAAACACUAAGAUCAAGUACAUGAACAUGUUCGAUGCUCAGGUGGAUGCAGUUUAUUCUGCACUGAAUUCUAUGGGAUUUAAGAAUGUUGAGAUUGUGGUGGCUGAGACUGGAUGGCCAUUUAAAGGAGAUGACAACGACGUAGGGCCAAGCAUUGAGAAUGCCAAGGCUUACAAUGGCAAUUUGAUUGCACACCUUCGAUCGAUGGUGGGCACCUCAUGCAGAAAAUCAGUGGAUACAUACCUCUUUGCUCUUUAUGACGAAGACUUGAAACCUGGACCUGGUUCUGAGCGAUCAUUUGGACUUUUCAAGACUGAUCUCACCAUGGUUUAUGAUUUUGGAUUUUCUACAAGUAGCCAGAUCCAGUCACCAGUAGCAGCACCACAAGGAGCCACCACAAGCAAUAGCUCGUGCUCGUGCUCGUGCUCAUGCAAUUGCACAAACACCAUCAGCAUCAUCAGCAGCAACAAAAUAAAUUUAGUUAGAAUUUUUAAUUUAGAUUUGUUGUAUGAGUUUAUGGGACUUUUUUUUAUUUACCUUUUCUUUUAUGACUUGCAAACUUAGAGUUAGAAGUUGUAAAAAGACAAUGAAGAUGGGUUAGGGUUUUUCUCUCUU